CACGUACUUUGUUCGACACCCUGUUCCGCCGUCGUUCGGUUGAGGCAGACUGAGCGGUAGAUAUUUGUCACCGAUAUUUGGUUGAACAUGGCCGCAGGUCCUCUAUCUGUAUCGUCCACCGCGUCAACAAACAACGAUGGAAUCCUUAUCGGUGACAAAGUUUACUCGGAAGUGUACCUUACGAUCGACAACUCGCUCAUACCGGAGGAAAGGCUUUCACCGACGCCGUCGAUGAUGGACGGCCUCGACCUGAGCACGGAGACCGACCUCCGCAUCCUUGGGUGUGAACUGAUUCAGUCUGCGGGCAUUCUUCUCCGGUUACCACAGGUGGCAAUGGCAACGGGACAGGUGCUCUUUCAUCGGUUCUUCUACUCAAAGUCCUUCGUCAAACACAGUUUCGAGAUUGUUGCUAUGGCUUGUAUCAACCUGGCUUCCAAGAUUGAAGAAGCGCCGAGACGAAUACGAGAUGUCAUCAAUGUUUUCCACCACCUGAGGCAGAUGAGAGGGAAAAAGACACCAAGUUCAUUGAUACUUGAUCAGAACUACAUAAAUACCAAAAACCAAGUCAUCAAAGCUGAACGGCGGGUCCUGAAGGAGCUGGGAUUCUGUGUGCAUGUCAAGCAUCCUCACAAGAUUAUCGUCAUGUACCUUCAAGUCUUGGAAUGUGAGAAGAACCAGACGCUGGUCCAGACCGCCUGGAACUACAUGAAUGACUGCCUGAGGACAAAUGUGUUUGUGAGGUUCCAAGCUGAAACUAUUGCAUGUGCCUGCAUAUUCCUUGCUGCCAGAGCUCUGCAGAUACCUUUGCCAUCCAGACCUAAUUGGUUCCUGCUGUUUGGGGCCAGUGAAGAAGAGAUUAAAGAGAUCUGCGUCACCACCCUUAGACUGUACACGAGGAAGAAGCCCAACUAUGAUCAUCUGGAGAAGGAGGUGGAGCGGAGGAAGGUGUUCUUGGCAGAGGCUAAGCUGAAACUCAAAGGCCUUAACCCUGAUGGCACCCCUGCCCUGUCCACACUGGGUGGCUUCUCUCCUGCUUCCAAACCCUCCUCUCCAAAUGUGGUCAAGGUGGAAGAGAAGUCUCCGAACCCUCAGACCCUCAAACAAGUUAAGAAGGAGUUAGACAACCGGACCCAGGUCAACAAGAGUCCACACAAUGGGUUGAGAAAAGAGGCGAAGAUAGGGCGAAACAGCAGAAGUGGCAGCCGAUCUCGAUCAAGAACACGUUCUCGGUCCAGAUCUCGCUCUCCUCGCAGACAUUACAACAGCAGGCGAAGUCGCUCGGGGACCUACAGCUCUCGCUCACGUUCACGCUCUCACAGUCGCAGUCCAUCACCUCGCCGACAUCAGCCCUCACCCCUCCUCAAGUCCAAGACCAGCCACCAUGGCAACAGUGACUCCAAGCCCAGCGGACGCCACAGCAACAGUGGGGGAGGUGGAUCUGGUCACAAGAGGAAGCGCUCACGUUCGCGGUCACGGUCUCGCACUCCAGUCAAAGUGGACAGGGACCGUGACAGAGAGCGGGAUCGUGAGAGAGACAGGGACCGCUCCUUUGACCUUUCUACAAAGAAACACAAACAUGAACGAGGAGCUGGUCACAGAGCAGAAAGGAGGGAGAGGGAGAGAUCUCGGUCCUACGACAGGGACAGAGAGAGGGAGCGUAGCCACAAGGGCAAACACCACAGCAGUAGUGGGCACUCGGGACAUAGCCGCCACCGGCGAUGAGACACCCACCCACCCACAGACAGGCUUUGGACUGAUGAUCACUGAAGUAUUAGUAUACUCAAAACAUAAUCUCUUCUAGCAUUUUAUCUGAAUUCUGGGGUCAACUUGAGUCCUGUCUGCAUACACGUGUGUUCUUUAAUGGUUGAGUAAAUAAUUGCACUCAAACUAAUCUUGAGUAAACCAGAUCAACCUGUCAGGUGACAUAAUUGACAUGUCUUAGGGGUUUGUGACAAAAAAUGUCCAUGUUGAGCACACAAUACAGCUGUAAAAGCCAAGUUCUUCACUUGAGCUACUAUUGUGAGAACACACUAGGUGUGAUUCAGUUUUGGGUCUACAUUAACCCUAAGAGGCAUCAUGGUUUUUUCAUAUGCAGUCUGAAACGCUGAUUGAUCAACCAUUUACAGUCCUUCACCUUUAAAAUUGUGAUAUGCAAUGACGAAUAGCACAUUCUUUUUGUCGUUAGGAUGACUUAAGUAAAGCCAUGACAUGGAAACAUUGUUGAAAUGGCCAGAAUCUGAUCCAAGCUCCCGCAUUCACGCGUAUUAGUGAUCAAAUAUUCAUUUCCUGACUUUCAUCUUCACAUCAGCACUCUUGCAGCUGAUAUUUGGCCAAAGUGGUUUACUCUCUGUUUCUUGUAGACAACGUAUGCAUACAGGAACAUAGCCUGCAACAGUAAUUACCAGCUUGAAGUGGACUGUGUAGGUUUACCAGCUUUUUUCUACACACGUGGUCAGACACAUUGACAAGUACAUAGUGACAUCAGUCCAGACCUGUCAUCAUUUACUCCCAUUUAGGUUUUAUUUUAAUUUUCCAUGAUGCCCUCAUUCCACAAUGACACCAUCCCUUGAGCCUACCCUUGUGUUCUUGGUUUUACAUGUAAAGUUAUAGACUUUGGAAAUAAGAAACUUAUUUACAGUGUAAAGAUGGAUUGAUGUCUGCUGACGAAUGUGACUGCUUUGAUUUAUAAAAGCAACUAGCUCAGAAGGUUUGAAUGAAUAAAUGUAAAGUCAAAACUACCAUUCAGGAAAGAUCAAUAUGUUUGCACAUUAAGGGACUGACAGGUGAGUGGUUUUUGUUUUCCUUUUUUUGGACUUAUGUCGCUAAAGCUGUAUCUUGUACAGUUUAAAAAAAACAAGCUGGCUAUAGAUGUUUGUUUUGUUUUUUUCCUUUUUUUUUUUUUUUACAGCAGGAGGUGCAGACUCGAUUUCAAACAUUUUAUGGUUUUCAAUUUGUAACACUGGUUUUUAGUCUGCACGUGUUCAUGUCCAAUUUUUAUUCAACAAUAAAUGAGUUAUGCCACUGAA